CAAUUCCCGCAGCGAGAGAAGCUCCCCCCUCGGUUCCGGUCGUGGUUGGCGUGACCGGAGGAAAAAGUGUCGUCGAAAAAUAUCACUGGCGUCCCGCUCGCCCACCCCAACCCGAUGGGAUUGUGGCGGUGCCCACACGAUGCCCCGGAUCCCCCCGCUGGUUCCCAAAGAAAAAAGUCGAAGCACCCCCGGAGCAGCACCGAAGCAACCKGGUGGGAACCAAACGAACACACAACCAACAAACAAGCACACACACAACACAACCAAACAAAAUACCAUCGCUCAGAACAACAACCAAGACACGACGAGCAGAGAGCGUGUAGGCACAUUUCACAAACGCAGCAGCAUCGAUCCGACACUCGUGGGGCGGAGCGGCGACGAGCAAGACCGAGACUACCCGCAACAAAUAGUGGAGACGAAACGAAACGAAACGUAAGGAAGAGAGUGAGUGUGUGCGAGCGUGAUAGCGUCUUUUUGCCAUAAAACGAAAGCGACUGUAUUCUCAAACACUUGGCAAAAGGGUUCACAAAAAAGAUUCACCACAAUCCCAGACUCACCCGAGAGAACCAUCUCGUUUCUCGUCACUUCUUUUUUUCUUUUUUCUCGUUUGAUCUUUGUUCAGCGCAACGAAGCGCACCAAAGCGAACCGCGGGGCAUCCCAUUCCAUCCACAAAAGGUGACACAUUCACACGAAUCCUUUUGACAACACCAGCAGCAACAGCAGCACCAUGACCAUGAAACUCCUGGCCUGGCUGAAACCGGGCGGCAAGGCAGACCGAGGCGAAAAACAAGGCAAGGUCUUUCGGAGAAUCCCCCCCAAGCGAUCCUCCCUCUCCGCCAUCGAUCUCGCCCUCGCCGUAGCGGAACACGACGAGAAAAACCACGACGGCGACCACGGCAACAGCAACAGCAAGCACAACGAGAACAACAACAGCAGCAGCAGCAGCAGCAGCAGCAACUCUAGCAACAAAGGCCCUUCCAUUCGCGGGGAACAAGCAGCACCAGCCGUACCAUCAUCCACGGCCACGUCCGCAGCCUCCACCCCGCAAAGGGGCCUCCGCCGGGUCUCUUCGGCGAGGAAGCUGCAGAUCCGCUGGCCACCCGUUUCGACGAACGAAAAGGCAAGGGCAACGCCAACGCCAAAGCCCUGCGCCAGCCAGCAAUCCUCCCUCGUGCCCACCCUGUCGUCCUUUCUGUCCAAGGCCGGAGAGAGGGACGGGAUCGGCGAAUCCAAGGACGCGGGAAGGGACCACGAGACCUCCUCUCGGGACUCCACCACGGCGGCGUCCUCGGGCUCCUCGUCGCAGGGAUCGGGGCCCGCCUCCUCGCGGUGCCUCUUCGACAAGAGCGGGGCAGACCACCGCCCGAUCGGUUCGUGGCAGCACCAGCAAAACCAAAACCGAGAACAGCAGCAAAACCACCAGCAACUACCCCCGUGGCAGAGGGGGAGCAAGACCCUGGUCCGGGAGACGAUCGACCUCUACGAGAGCAUCAACUCGCUCCGGCGCAACAGCCACAAGACCGCCCCUCCCCGGGGGCACCACAAGACCCGAAGCAGAGACAAGGAACGCCGGGUCAGCUACCGGAUCCGCUUCGGGAUCGACCGCCCCGGAGAUCCUCCGCACACGGGAAAGACACGCGGCCCCCUCUUCUCCCGCCGGUUCCCAGGGACGGAAGCCGAGAACACCGGAGGCACCCAUUCCGGGGGAGGGAUCCGCGGCUACGGCCGAUCCGACGACUGGGUGGGGGGGACCGGCCCGUUCACCCGCCGCGCCACCGGAAGCGGCGACUCCAGCGGAGGCCGGAUCGGCUACGGACGACCGGACGUCUGGAUCACCCCCCUCCAAGGGGGCGGCUCCGGAAGCCCCCGGACCUGGAUCGCCAAGCGGGUCUGGAACGCGCCGGAGAAGGACGACAGCGAGCACGAGUACGAGGUCGACCACUCCUUCCUCCUGGACGGCGUCCGGGACCUCCUGCUGUCCGGGGAGGAGGAGGAGGGCGACCUGCCCCUGGCGGUCGACCGGGUCGUGGACGUCGGCGGACGGUGGCAGCACCAGCACGGAAACGCCGGGGACCCCCACGAAGACGCGGCCGGCUUCUCCUCCCUCGGGGACAUCGAUUUCGACGCCCCGUUUUUCCGAGAGGCCACCGCCUCCGGUGUCGAGGAGGAGGAGGAGCAAGAAGAAGAGGAAGACGAGGACGAGGACGAUGACGAUGACGAGGAGAAUGACAGCGGGGAGCACACACGCGGGAGGCACCAACACAACCUGAGGGGCUUUGGCAGGCCCGACACCUGGGUUUCUAGAAAGGCCAGCGGCACCGACGAACCCCCAAGAAGCCCCUGGCGGUCCUCGAGAACCUCGGACACCGAGAGCGACGACGACAACGACAAUGACAAUGACAUCGAGGACGAGGACGACUACAACGACAGCGCAGAGCGUGCGAGGGACAAGGCCCACCACAACCUGAGGGGCUACGGAAGGCCCGACGCAUGGGUUACCCCAAAGACCAGCGGGAUCGACGAAUGUCCCCGAAGCCCCUGGAGAUCUUCUAGAACCUCCGACACGGAUAGCGACAAUGAGGACGGCGAUGGUGAGGACGAGAACGAGAACGAGAGCCAGAACAGUCGCGGGGAACACACAGAAGGCAGCAAGCACCGCCACAACCUGAGAGGCUUUGGCAGGCCCGACACCUGGGUCACCACAAAGACCAACGGGACCAAUGAAUCUCCCCGAAGCCCCUGGAGAUCUUCUAGAACCUCCGACACGGAUAGCGACAAUGAGGACGAGAACGAGAACGAGAGCUCGAACAGUCGCGGGGAACACACAGAAGGCAAGCACCGCCACAACCUGAGAGGCUUUGGUAGGCCCGACACAUGGGUCACUGCAAAGACCAACGGGACCAAUGAGUCGCCUAGGAGCCCCUGGAGAUCUUCUAGAUCCUCCGACACCGACAGCGAUGGUGACGACAAUGACAAUGACAAUGGCAUCGACGAUCACGACGACAAGACCGAGGACGGCAGCGGGGAACACACAGAAGGCAAGAACCGCCACAACCUGAGAGGCUUUGGCAGGCCCGACACCUGGGUCACUGCCAAGACCAACGGGACCAAUGAGUCGCCUAGGAGCCCCUGGAGAUCUUCUAGAUCCUCCGACACCGUCAGCAAUGGUGACGACGAUGACAAUGACAAUGACAAUGACAAUGGCAUCGACGAUCACGACGACAAGACCGAGGACGGCAGCGGGGAACACACAGAAGGCAGCAAGCACCGCCACAACCUGAGAGGUUUUGGCAGGCCCGACACAUGGGUCACUGCCAAGACCAACGGGACCGAUGAGUCGCCUAGGAGCCCGUGGCGGUCUGCCGGAACCUCCGGCACGGAAAAGGAUGGCAUUGACAACGAUGCCGAGAACGAGAGCCAGAACAGCAGCGAGGAACACACAGCAGGCAAGCACCACCACAACCUGAGAGGCUUUGGCAGGCCCGACACCUGGGUUACCACAAAGGGCAACGAAAUGGACGAAUCCCCCAAAAGCCCCUUGAAAUCCCCUAGAACCUCUGAGGAUGACAGCGACGAGAACGAGAACAACGAGAACAGCAGCGUGGGGUCUGCAAGGGACACGCCUCGCCACAAUCAGAGGGGCUUUGGCAGGCCCGACACCUGGGUCACCGCAAAGAACCACGGGGAAGACGAACCGCCCAGAAGCCCGUGGCGGUCCCCAAGGGACGAUGAAUCACCUCCGGAAGAUGCACCGGGAGGCACGGGCCCGACUCCCUCGGUCCCGGCGGCACCCGCUGUCGCUGUCGCUGCAGCCGCUGCGGACCCUCGUGGCGGGGAAAACGGCAAGGAAUCGGCUCGGGGAAACGAACCCGGUCCGAGGAAGACGGGCAGCACCACCACCUCCGAGAGGAUCCGCAAGGCAAAGGAAGCGUACGAAAAGGACCGGGCCUCGAGGAUCACCGUCCGGACCUACCGGUUCGUCUACGACUCGGGCGAGGAGGAUUCCGUCCGGGGAACCCCGACGUGGGAGAAAGAGUCCCUGCCGGUCGCCGAGGCGCCCCCGGAAAUCAAGCUUUGGUGGCAGAGCUAGCCCGGCUUGGCUUGGCUUGGCUUGGCUUGUCGAACGUGCCGUACCACGUUGUGCCACGUGUGGGAUGCAUGAGAUGCGUCCAUUCAUUUCUUAGGAUCGUAGGUUUUAGAGGGCAGAAUGUCGAGUCGCACUGCGGCGUUUGGGGUAUUCCAAUGGGAACGGAAGUUGGUUACACGGGAUAAUGCUGAUUAGACGGGAUAGUUCUGAUUACAUGGGAGAGAGCUGUAAUGCGUGCAAGAGUAGAAUAUUUCACAUGCAUAAAUCUAAUAAUAUGUG